GACACGCCGCUCCUCCCCUGCGCCCCCCUCCCAUUCCGGAGCUGGGGGAGGGAGGUUGCCCGGGCCGGACCCGGCAGCGGCCCCGAGCGGGCGGGCUCGGGCGAGCAUGGGGGGCUGUCUUUCCUCGCAGGCGGCCGAUGACCUGUCGCUGCUCAACGACUCUACCGGCGAUGGGGCGAGCCUUGGGCCUGGGGAUCCGUCUCCACCGCCCAUCCCUGUCCCGCCGCCCCCCUACCAGGUAGCGGGUCGGGGGUUGCGGGGCGGAGGGCGAAAGGGGGGCUGUGGGGCGGGUUCCCCCAGGCCUCGCCGACUGCGGUGCUGGGCGUCGGGGCCAGCCCUGGGUAGCCUACGGGGUUCUGCUACGCAAGGGAGUAGGAAGCCGACAUAUGGGGCGAGGAAAUUCGGGUGGCAUUUUGAGGGGUGCGCAGGGGUAGGCUAUUGGCUUUGGCUUGGGGUAAGUAGGGCGGGGUAAGCUGGAACAGUAGCUAUAGAAAGAAACUGGGAUAACAGAUUAGGGUAGAGACCCCCGACCUAAUCCAGUUAUGCUAAGGAGACACAAGAAUGGGGCUUGAUGCCCUCUCGCCCUACAGUCACCUAGAGAGUAGAUGUUACUGGGGUGAGUUAAGCCCAUUAUUGGCUUGGGAAUGGAUGUACAAGGUUGAGCAGGAGACAGAACAGUGUCAAGCACAGAAAGAUAAUAUUUUUGCACUGCCAUUAGUAUUGCCCUUUAACCUUUGGACUGUGGUGUGCGAGUCUGAGGUCAUAGGUCAAGGUUCUCUCAAAAAGCUAUGGAAACAUGAGUUGUGUGACUAGGGCUGGGGUCGUGGUGGGCAUUCAGGGCGAAGAACUCAAAGUCAUGAGUCAGUUAUAGAAGAUAAGAACUGGGGAGCAGAAAUAGUGUGGUGUGAUUUAUAAGAAUGAGCUGUGGAUCUGAAGUGAGGAGACCCAAAUUCAUGUUGAGCUGUGAACUGCUCCACAUGAUGAAGUAUACAACUUAUAAUGUAGAAUGUAAAUGUGACAGGACCUGCUUUGAAGUACAGGCAUCAUACAGGUAUGUUUGUCGGUGGGCCAAGAUUGACUGCAGCCCCACAAAUUGUAUGUUUGGUGGCAAACCUGGGUUAAUGUGGGAAAUGGCUCUCAAUGAGCAGUACAGUACUGAACAUAACCAAUCAAUUACUAAAUAGGCUUGGUUGAAAAUGAAUGUUUAGACUCCAGGCUAUCUUAUGCUAGGUGUGCUUUCACCCAUCUUGACAAAUCUUUAGAAGAUGUUGAGUUCCAGGCUGUGGUAACCAGAAACGCAGAGUAAGAUUUCAUAACACCACCAUCUCUUUCUGCAGAAAAAUGAGAUAGAACACGCAUGAUUGUUAUGUCUUGUCCAUUUCAACAGUUGUCCUGUGUGCCUUUGAUAUUUGCUUUCCCAUGUCUGAGGUUUAUUGUGGAGCAGCUGCAUGUUUCUCUGGCAUUUUUGCAAGCUGCCAUACCUGCAGAGUAGCAUUCUCCAGUGUGGGGACAGACAGUCUAUGGCAGAAGAAUUAGGAAAAACUGAGUGAAAUUCUGGUGGUUUCAUCCUGUUUGAAACCUGGGGAAGGUAAAGGCAGCACAAACUUAGUUUAAAAGGGUGGCUAGAACAAAACAUCAGGAUUCCAUAUCUCAAAGUGCCAGAGUGGAUCUUGGGAAGAUGGCUGUUAGAAUGUGUGGGGAAUUUAUUCACAUUAAUUUCAGAAACUCUUUGGGUUAUCUCCUGAAACAUAUAGGCAGCAGAUUAGACAAAUGAAAAACCUGCUUCACACACACAAAAAUCCCUACACUAUUAUAUUAUAGAUUGCUUUCUAAAGGAAAUAAACAAAUGAUAAAUACACUGAGGAACUUCCAUAUUUAAGAAGAGUGUACCACAGAUGAUUGGAUAAUGUUUACUAACAACACAGAAUGGAUGUUCUGCUUCUGAACUUCUUUAGCUUUUGACUGGCCACUUUUAGACAAAAUGCUGAAUUAGGUAGACUAUUGAUUUCAGCCAGCACUGCAAUUCUUGUGUCCCAAAUCUUGAUUGGGGCAGUGUUCCUAACAAUUAUCAUCUGCUUUAGAGACCAGUAAUUUAAUGCAUCUCUAUGGGGGCAACUUGCAAUUUGCUAAAAUGUCUUCAUUUUAAACGCAGUGGCUUGGGAGCAAGGGCAUUCUGCUGCAUGAAAGCAAUUGGGGGCAUGGGCAUUCCAAGCUAACAGUAUAUUAUUGGACCACUGUCUCACAAUAAAUGUUUGUCUAGAUACAUCCCAAAAUAGAGGAGCAAGAGAUGGAUCUGAUUGUUUUAUGGUGAGUUGAUUAGUUCUGCAAGGAUCCCAACACCAGAGUCCAUAGCAGACAGAAGGGCUUCUUAAGCAUCUGCAAAUGAUGCAUUUGCUGUUUAGUUAGCAACUGCUGGCUCACUCCCCUGUAAAAACCUAAAAUCCCAAUCAGAAACAUGACAGCACCAUGAUUUAGCCCAUCUGGUGUACUACAGAGUAGAUAUUAUCUGACAGUUACAGCUUGCAUAUGCCAAAAAGUUAAGUAUGUCAAUGUAGGAGCCUGCAGGGUUAUUUAGUUUUGCCACAUCUGUGGAAAUAUGUUGAAUAACUAGCUCUACUGGAGUAAUAUAGGGGUCUGUGAAGAAAGAAUAGUUGACGGCUGAAUUGCUGUAUGUUGAGUGUGGGUUUAUCUCCAUUUGAUUACUGGCUGGUUACAAGAGUACAAUCACUCAGCCACUCUGUCUUCUGAAUUUCUAGGAACAUGCACCAAUUCCAGUAUAUCACCCAACACCCAGCCAGGCACGUCUUGCCACACAACUAACAGAAGAGGAGCAGAUCCGUAUAGCUCAGAGGAUUGGGCUGAUUCAACAUCUUCCCAAAGGAAUAUUUGAUCCAGGCACAGAGCCAUCGGAAAAGAAAAUCAAAGAGUAUGUUUUCCAUGUGUAAUGCUUUGUGUUUAUCCAGUUCACUGAGACUAUUUGCUAGUAGAUGCAUAUAUAGCCUUUAUAUCCCACUGACAGUGUGUAGCAAUUCCCUUUCCAAAAUGGAAUAUGGGUAUAUUGUAGUGUCCAAUUCUUGCUUUUAAAAAAUGAUGACUUGCUGUCCUAAAACAAAAUUAUACCUGGCCAUUGUGGUAGUCUGUAAAGCAUAUGGGAAAUUGUACUUAUUUCCAUAGCAUGUUGUUGUACACUCUUGUAUCAACUGACCCCUUUAAAAAAAAAAGUCCUUUGAAUCUAUUUUCCAAAUGGAGCAACUAUAUUACUGAAUAACUCAUUAGGCAACAUUGCAGGAUCUUGAACUACUGGAAAGGGGACUUGAAGAAAAAGGCAGGAAGACAUCUCAAAAGCUGGGGAGUCGGGAAAAUGGCUAAAAAGUAGAAUGGGCUUUGGAGGUUUGGAAGGGCUUCCACUCCUGAAGGAAAGGCUUAUCUGCUCUAGCUUGUUGUUUUUUUUUAAAAAAGGACAGGUCCCAAUACUAAUUCUUGUGGGACUCCACUUUCUGUCUGCUUUAGUAAGGUUUGUACUUCUAUAUGCUUGGUCAUUUUAGCAGUUUUUUCAGGACAGGUGUUAAGCUAACCAGCCUGUAUUUUCUAGGAUUCCCCCUGGAUCCUAUUUUAAAAAUUAGUGUCACAUUGGCUACUUUCGUCUUCAGAUGUGGAGGUUGAUCUUUGGAACAAUAUAGAGUGGUACCUCGGGUUACAGACGCUUCAGGUUACAGGCUCCGCUAACCCAGAAAUAAUACCUCGGGUUAAGAACUUUGCUUCAGGAUGAGACCAGAAAUCGUGCUCUGGCGGCGCGGCAGCAGCAGGAGGCCCCAUUAGCUAAAGUGGUACCUCAGGUUAAGAACAGUUUCAGGUUAAGAACAGACCUCUGGAACAAAUUAAGUUCUUAACCCGAGGUACCACUGUACAUAUUCUUAUUAAGUCAGAAACUUCAUAUUUGAGUUCUUUGAGAUCUCUUGAGUAGAUUCAGACCCCAAUUUGCCUCAAUUCCUCAGACUUCAUACAAAAGUUAAUUUAGGCAAAAGUUAGUUCCCCACCAUCAUUUUUCCAACACAGCAAUAUUUUCCCCCAGCUAUAUAACACAACGUGAAAUUAACAUGCAUCAUAUUUAAAGUUAAAUAUUGUUCUCUUCAGCCUCAAGCUCUGUGUGUAACAGGCUUGCAUGCUUUCCAGCACCACAACCAGUAUUGGACACUGUUAAGAAUGGAAUAGUGAGACUAGAUGACUUGCCAGAUAGUAGUUCUUUAUUGGGAUACCUGAACUUACCACGUGGUGGCAAAUUGGGCAGGGAAUGCGAGAGAGAAGUUUUAGAAGCCAUCUUAGUGUCUUUAAUAACAUUUCCUUUUCUCUCUGCCUGAUUUCAGGUGUGUGAUCUGCAUGCUGGAUUUUGUAUACGGAGACCCCAUCCGGUUCUUGCCCUGCCUGCACAUCUACCACGUUCACUGCAUUGACGACUGGCUGAUGCGAUCAUUCACCUGCCCUUCUUGCAUGGAGCCAGUUGACGCUGCUCUUCUGUCCUCCUACGAGACUAACUGAGGUGGCUCGGUGCCCUGCUCUUGUUAAUGCUUCCAGGCUCUGGCUGUGUGGGGGGCUGGGAUGUGGCACACUCUUUUAUUUGCACACUUCUGGGAUACACCAAAGAUCCUAUGGCAGAGAAUCUGAUCCCAGGCCUUGAGGACAACACAGAACCAUUCUAGCUUGGCUGGCUGUGCUAAAGGCUGACUUGUGCCAUAUUUGAGAAUUGUAACCAGAGUAGGUGGAGACUGGGGGCGAAAUGGCAAAGCAAGAAUUGUCCUUUCACUCCACCCACAAAUGCUGUUUUUUUCUUUUCUUUUUAAGAAGAUCAAGAUUGUUCCUUAGGACUAUUCUUACCCACGUACCUGUUUAAAUCCCCACUGAGUUAUCAAGUACAGGUCUGGGGUGUUACAUGGGAGGGGACUGCAACGCUUUGACCUAAAAGAGAGAGUUGUUUAAAGCUGACACUGGUUGCAAAGAUCUUGUAAUGUCAAAUCCAGAAAAGGAGUUUUAGCAUUGUCACAUCAACUCUGGUUGGUUUGUGGCAGAAUCUGGAGUUUUGAGAAGUGUUGGGUUUUUUUAAAGCAUUUCUCCAUUACCCCACAAAUGCUUCUUUUAACCAGGUGGGAAACAGGCGUCUUUAAAGCUUGGCCACUAUUGAAAUCUUACCCAGUAGCACUUGUGCUACAAUGCACAAAACAAGUCUAAGGGGUUUGUCUCAGUUCUUUGUGGGGGCAAUUUGGAGCAGUGACCUUGGCGGGGACUUGAGCUUGAUUUCUGUAGUUGGAGUCAGAGUGCUUCUGUUUAAAGGUUCAUGUUUCAACUAGGAGUGAACGAUACAUACUUUUCACUUCCUCUCUUCUGCUUGUAAAGAUUUUAAGAUGCUUUUAAGGUGAAGGAGACAGAAGAGUUAUUUGUUAAAUAACAGCUUUUUAGUAAGUUAGUGAUGAAGUACAAAAGCUUCCUCUACAGAUGGUAGGUUAAGGCAUUCAAGUGCACUAUUGUAAAGGGUAAAGAAACUGUUUGUUUGCCCAAUGUUUACUCUGUUUGCCUUACACAAAAUGAAGACUCUUGUCCCAUAAGAAACUGCUAGCGAUUAAUGCCAUGCAGCAAGCCCACUGUUUGGAAAGGCUUCCCUUAGUCAUGCUGUUUAUUGCCUUGCAAGUGGAGAGGCGUGAAAGUGCUUUUCUGAUUAUGCAUUGUCCUUAACAAGGAUCUAGCACUUGAAAGUAAAACUGAUGUGUGUUGCAUUCAAAUGGAAAUAAAAUAGAUUGCAUAUAAUCCCUUGUAGAAAUAAGUAUUUGGGCAAAGCGGACUGCUCAUAUCCCUUUUCUUCCAUCACUCUUUCCAGCUAAAAUGAAUGUCAGCAGCACUUGACAAGGAGAAUUCUUCUACUGGUCAAUCAUCAGUGUUUCUUUUCUGUACUACCUUUUGUCUUUUGCAAAAGAUGGACUUGGUGGUUAGUCCAUUUUGGAUCAGGCAUAAUUUUAGAGUUGCAAGGUCCAUGCUGAGACUUGGGCCCUUCCUCUUUCCUUAUUGUCCCAGGAAAGGAAUAGCAGCAGCUGCUUUCUAAGCUACAUCACAAACCACUUUUCAAUAGCAGGAUCCCAAGGGUGGUGAGCAGAGAAGCAGCUGCAGCCCAGUUCCCUUGAGAGCUUUCUUGCCUUGAAGGAACAGCAACAACUAAUAAGGAGCAGUGUAGUUGUUGUCUUAAAGGGAUGACAAGAGAUGGGAAAUGGAGUAGAGCAGUAGAUUCAAACUAUGUUCCUGAAGGCUGCUUCUCCAGCAGUCACAUCAGGGCCUGAUUUGUAGCUGGUUUGCUACAAGUUUCAUGUUUACCUUUGCAAUACUUUCAACACAUGCUUGCACCAAAUAGCAGGGGAGAGAGGAAUGUAGAAGUAGAAAAAAUAAUAAUGGCAGGGAUGACAUUUUAAAAAACUCAUAUUGUCUCCCCAAAGGUGGAGAGCCAUCUCUAAUUCAAUGGUAAAGGUAAAGGGACCCCUCACCGUAAAGUCCAGUCGCAAAUGACUUUGGGGUUGUGGCGCUCAUCUCGCUUUACUGGCCGAGGGAGCUGGCAUUUGUCCGCAGACAGCUUCCGGGUCAUGUGGCCAGCAUGACGUAAGCCGCUUCUGGCAAACCAGAGCAGCGCACGGAAACGCCAUUUACCUUCUCAUUGGAGCAGUACCUAUUUAUCUACUUGCACUUUGACAUGCUUUCGAACUGCUAGGUUGGCAGGAGCUGGGACCGAGCAACGGGAGCUCAUCCCGUCGUGGGGAUUCGAACCGCCGACCUUCUGAUUGGCAGGGCCUAGGCUCUGUGGUUUAGACCACAGUGCCACCCGCAUCCAGUGGUACAGUUAAGUAAUUUUAGAUUCUGAACUUAAUGGUCCUAUGGGGGCUCCACUCUUUAGAUGGUAAAACACAUUACUUACCUAUUUUAAAAUGUGGCAAGCCAGCUGUACUACAUUUGGGUGCUCUCCUGCUGAAUAGGCCCCAAGAUUCCUGCCCCAAAAUCCUCCUGGGGCAGCACCACUACACUAAUGAAAAGUAUCAAGUACUGGUGAAGACCUCUGCCCAAAGCUGUGAGGAGCCACCAUCAGUCAGACAGUACUGAACAAGACAUGCUACUAGCCUGACUGUAUAAGGCAGCUUCAUAUGUAAAGAUGGUUCACUGUGGAGUGAGCAUCCUGAGUUCCAUUUGGCCUGAUACACACACUAGCAUCAAUCAAAGGGAUGUCUAAUGCACAUCUGAAGACUGGCUGGAGUGGAAACAAAGUUGUUCUGCUGGCAAUUGGGUAUAGGGCCUCAAGCAACUGAAAAGAGGUAAGUGAUCAAAGCUCUGGCUGGGGCAAUAUAACCAGGUCAGAACAACAUCUAACAGAAAUGAUACUUUCAAAUAAAUUUCACAGUGAACAAAAAUAUACUGUAUGGGUUAUCUAUCAUUGUGUUUUGAAAAGAACAAGCAGCAACACCUAGAAAUAAAGAUGAAUAUAUUAAGCAACUGUUGUAACUGCAAUGAAUGUGAAGCUAUGUUUUCAUACCCCUGCUAUUAUUCUUUAACCACAUAUUUUCCAGAAUAGUGAAUGAACAGUCUAUGACUCUUGCCCUCUGGAAAUAUUCCCUAGCAAAGUGCAAUUACACCUUCACCAGAUGCAUAAAGUUAUCCUAAGCUAAAAAAUAUGUUUAUAUCCUGUACUUACUGUGAAGAGUUUAAGGAGUGUACAUUGUUUGCCUUUCCCCCAUUUUAUCCUUGUAGCCCAUUAAGCUGAAAGAAAGUGAUUGGCCCAUGGUCAUCCAAUGAGCUUCAUGGUCAAAUGGGGACUUGAAUGUUCAUCUUCCAAGCCCCAGGUCCAGCACUCUCAACCACUACAUCACAUUGGAUUCCACAUACAUGUGAUAGGAGAGGGAGAACUAUUAGCAGUGUAGUUAGUCUAGUUUGUGCCUUUUAGAAUUUCCUCCUAUGUUAAAACUUAAAUACAUAAAAUCAUUAGUGAAUAUUCUCAAAG